AUGGUUCAAAUCGCUGGAAAAUACAAGUUGGAAAAGAAUGAGAAUUUGGUAGCAUAUCUUACAGGGUUAGGUAUUCCAGAAGACAAGGCCAAAAUCGCGGACUCUGUCAAACCAGAGGUGGAAAUAAUCAUUGAAGGUGAUAAUAUCACCAUUACCAGCAAUUCUGGUAUAGGUAAUUCGUCAUCCAAGUUUGUUGUUGGAAAAGAAGUCGAUGAUCCUAUGCCAAUGGGAGUUGUUCUUAAGAGCACCACCAAAUUGGAAUCUGACGCCAUCAUUGUCGACUCCAAAGAUCCCAAUGGUGUCUCUGGACAAAGGGUUUACAAAUUUACAAGCUCUGGAUUUGUUUUGACAAUGACCUCCAACAAAAAUGGCGUCCCAUCGGCCACACGAACCUACUCCAGAUGCUAA